AAGAUUCCGAAUUUGAUGAGCUUAUAGAUGACUGGUUUAUCGAAUCGUUGAAAACGUACAGGGACCUUUAUGUGUAUCAGCUGGAGUUUCCCACCCGAGUCAUCGAGUGGACGUCAGGGAAAAGUGAGUAAAUCCAUUUGCUAAAGCCUUUUCGAUCAUUGUUAGAAAAAAAAAAAAUGGACUGGAAGUAUGGCUCCGGUGUGCCUGGGAAUCACCCAAAUCCUGGCAACUACCUCACCGGCGGAAGCAUGCCAAGCAACUAUGGGUACGAAAUACCCUCCAGUCAUCUUCCUCCCGGAUUCCCCUGUGUUCUCCCACCUCCGCAACCUCCUCCUUUGGGCUACUUCCCCAACAUUCCACCUCCGCUUCCGACGUAUCCACCAGUAGUGCAGAAUUAUCACUGGAAUCCGCCAAAUACCGACUUCCAGGCACCAAGUGAGAUUUGUCCUGAGUCUCCCGUGGAUGAAAAAGCUCUCCAGAGGAAGCAGGAUGAACAGUGGCUUAGUCAUUUCUUAAAAAGAAGAUCCAGGGAGACUAAGGAAGACGCUCAAACGCAGCAGCCGCAAUCUUAUCCAGAUUUCGGAGACGUUCUAAGCGACGCCGCUGGUCUCGCUUCCCGGAUGUCCGAGUUCUGCCAAAACCUCACGAACAACCUGCACGAGGACGGUGCCGCCUGGGCCACCACUUACGAGGACGCCGUGCGUCUAAAACAAGACCUCCAGGAUAAACUGUCGCGUCUGGCCGAUGGAUUUGAAGCUAAAAAGCGGCACGUGGCUCGGGUGCGAGAGCGGCGGCUGAAAAGCAGGCAAAAAGCAGAGCUGUUCCAAGCCGAGCGGGAGGUGCGGCGAGCUGAGAAGGAGAGUGCCGUGGACAAGUGGCGGCUGCGACAAAUCCACCAGGCGGAGGAGGAGAAGAAGGAACGCGAGCUGAAGCUGGCGGCCGACUCGGUCUUGUGCGAGGUGCGCAAGAAGCAGAGCGACAUCAAGCGCAUGCAGGACGUCCUGCGCUCGCUGGAGAAACUGCGGCGGCUGCGUAAGGACGCCGCCUCCCGCAGGGGCGUGAGCACCGGGGAGGACGAGGAUGUGGCGUUCCAGCGCCAACUGGACGGGCUGCGGCGCGUCAUCAAGGCCAGGACGCACAUCUACACGGCAGAGGAGAAGGCGCUGACGGUGAUGCUGGACGGCGUGCAAGAGGAAGAGCGGCGGGCUCUCAGGAAGGACAGGGAGAGGCGGCAAAAGCACAAAAUGGACGCCAUGCUGUUCGGCGAAGAGACGCCUGUCGCUGACGCCCUGCGGCCCUUUACGGAGUACUACGCCCACGCAGAGUCUUCGCUCCACGCUUUGCUUCACGUACGGCAACAGUGGGACGUCUUCCUGGUGCCGGAUGAUCAUUGCGAUGGGACGACAAUCCCGACGGACUGGAUCCUGCCCCAGCCGCCCUCCGACCCAGCCUGGGGAGUUGCUCUGGUGGAGUAGGAACAACCAAUUCAUGUUUUGUUGUGACUUCAUCACAGCUUACCACAAGGGCUGCAACGAGCAAUUAUAUUCAUAAACCAUUCAUCAAUCAAUCAGAUUUCCAUCACUUUGUUGAAAAACAGGACUUUAUUUCCAAAGUGACAAUCAAUGCGUCACAUGAAAAAAAAAAAAUUGUCGGAUUCACUGGUGUGGUUUGUAACCUGUCAGGAAAUAGGCACAAACAUUGAUCAUUGUUUUCCAAAGUAAAAGCAGAUCUUUGCAAAUGUCUUAUUUUGACUCCAGGCUGGAAUUGCCAGAAUUUGGACAACUUUAAAUUAAACAAGGACAGUAAACAUUUGAUCGAUUAUUAAAAUCAUGUAUUGAUCAAUUUGAUCAGCUCUCUUAAUGCCACCAUCUGUUGGAAGUUUUGUACCAAAGUAAAGUGUUUUUGAUGUCUGGAUGACAGUUAGGAAUGUGCCACACGUGAUUAGAAAUGUUUUCCUACAGUGAAUAAAAAAAGUUUUGGGACCCUGGAACAGAUUGUUUACAUUGGCUUUUUUUUUUUUUUUUUUAAGAUAACGAUUAUAACGUCUAGGUCCAAUAAAAUAAUAGAAAUGUGUGGAAUGCACGACCCUAAAAUUUCUGGUGCCAUUAUUCUCCUUAAAUCUGGUGCCAUUAUUCUCGUAAAUCUGGAGCACGAGUCCUGUGAUGACAGAAAAUGGCCGCCUUACUUUUUGACAUCUCAAUGUGUGAAUAGCCUUACUGUUUUUGUAUGUAUUAUUUUUCCGAAACAAAACAACAAAAAAGAGAAAAUAAAAUUUUCUUUUACCAGA